GUAUCAAUCAAUCAAUCAAGCAAUCAAUCUUUAUUUUCGUUCUGUCAAUGAUACACAAAGAAGGACAGUGACAAAAAGCUGUUUGUCAGAUCAGCUUGACUAGGCCACACCCCCAUAGAAAUAUUUCUGAGUGGUAACAGCCCUACCGUAAAGUAAAUCAAAAAUUGAAACUUAACAGACAGCCUAGUACUAUAGGGCACAUACUAAGUAAUGUAAAUGUAAUGUUAAUACAGAAAAGUUAAAGCAGUUUUUACAGUCGUCAUAAAAAUAACUACGAAACAGUGUCUUAGAAAAAUGAAUAUCUGAAAUGCUAUCAAAUUACAAAUAUCUAGAAUAAAUAUACAAUGUACAGGAAAAAUCAAUAUAGAAAUCGACUUGUUACUAACAGUUAUAUCCAACCAGAGGAAACAAUUCAAUACGGUUAUGGAUUUGAUAAACAGGAAAAGGUUUGUAAUAAAACAAGUGUUAAGUAGUAGAAAUCUCAGAGCUAUUCAUCACUGUAUAUAACUUGCGGAUAUCCUGAUAUGAACAAUCCCUUCCUGAAGCCAGCCUGUUCCCUUGGUUGACAAAAGUCCAGUGUUGCCCUUAUUCUAUUGGAGAUUAUUUUGGCGAAUAUUUUAUAUUAUACCGGAAGUAAGCUAAAGGGUCUAUAGUUUUCAUUUCUUUAACGUCUUCCUUUCUGCGGAUUAGCAUAAUGUAUGCAUCAUCCAGUUUUCCGGGACCGUUGCCGUCGAUAGACACUUUAUAUAAAGAACCACCAGUUUUCCAAGCAUUAUGUCUCUUCCAUCACAUUCAUCAUCAUCAUCAGCCUGGUUACGUCCACUGUAGGGAAACGGCCUCUCCCAUACUUCUCCAACUACCCCGGUCAUGUGCUAAUUGUGGCCAUGUUGUCCCUGCAAACGUCUUAAUCUCAUCCGCCCACCUAACUUUCUGCCGCCCCCUGCUACGCUUCCCUUCCCUUGGAAUCUAGUCCGUAACCCUUAAUGACAAUCGGUUAUCUUCCCUCCGUAUUUCAUGUCCUGCCCAUGCCCGUCUUUUUUCUUGAUUUCAACUAAGAUGUCAUAAACUCGCGUCUGUUCCCUCACCAAAUCUUUCUUCUCUUAUUCCUUAACGUUACGCCCAUCAUUCUUCUUUCCAUAGCUCGUUGCGUCGUCCUGAAUUUAAGUAGAACCCUUAUUGUAAACCUCCAGGUUUCUGCCCUGUAGGUGAGUACUGCUAAGACACAGCUUUUAUAUACUUUUCUCUUGGGCGAUAAUGCCAACCUGCUGUUAUUGAUCUCAGAAUGCCUGCGAAACGCACCGCCCCAAGAAGCAAGUCACCAGGGAUCCUACUGGCAUGCAGCACCCCACAAAAUAAUCAGGUCCUUAUUGCAAUCGGAUCAGCGAUCCUGCUCGGUGUGGAUGGCGACCGGGCACUGCUCCCACUCUCGCCGAAACCGUCUUCAUCAAGCGAAAUCGGAUGGACCACGACGACAAACAACUUUAACAGCGGAUUGCCAGUUAUCACCGGCUUACAUCACCGUUUGAAAGAGCCGCUCGUCGACGAUGAACUACCAGUCCCUGUUGAGCAUCGAGGACCACGUGAGACCAACCGAACCUACUUAACCGCGCAGCAUUUUGGCUUCGUGGGAUUUGGAGCCGGCACGCUGGCUGACGCGCAGCUAACACUACUGUUGGUUAUGCAGGUUAGUACUUACUAUCCAAUGCAACUUCAUGGUCCGCUAUGUGCGUUGCCGGCUCCUCCCACGAUAAUUGCUACUGCGCACCGUCGCAGACGAAUGUGCGCGCGAGUGUCUUGCCGAAAUUUCCGCCUCUUUGUGAAUAGAGUGUUGUACUUGAUUCUUCUUUUGUUGCUAUCGGGCGAUGUCGAGCUUAAUCCUGGACCUCUCACCGAAGCAGCAAUGGAGGUACUUAAAAGUUUACAGGCUGGUCAGGCAGCAAUCAUGAGCAAGCUAGAUACCAUCGAUACCAAGUUAGCCAAACACGAGGCUAUGCUGGCGGAGGUAAACAGUAGGCUUGGUGUAACUGAGGAACGGGUUGGAACGGUAAAUAAAUUAGUGUCGGAUCAAGGAAAUGCAAUAAGAUCACUUGAACAACAAGUAUCUGCCGUGCGAAAGAAAAACGUCGAUCUUGAAAACAGAAGUCGCAGGCUUAAUCUUGUCUUCUAUGGAAUAGAUGACGGAAACCAUUCUGAAACGUGGAUUCAAUCAGAAAACUUGGUUAAAGAUAUUUGCAAAACUAACCUGGGGAUCGAACUGAAUUCGAUACAAAGGGCACACCGAGUAGGUCGUUACAGCGAUAGGUUCAAAAGGCCAGUCCUAGUAAAUUUUUCUUCAUAUAAGGAAAAACAGGACGUCUUGUCAAAUGCCAAUAAGUUCAAGGGGUCACCCUACAGUGUGGAUCAGGAUUAUUCAUCCGAUACCCGAGAAAUACGGAAGCAUCUGUGGGAAUACGCAAAAGUUAAAAAAGCGGACAGCAAUAACAAGGUAAAGCUAAACUUCGACAAACUUAUUAUUAACGGAAAGACCUUCACGUGGGACAAAGAAAAAAAAGAAGUUGUUCCAUUCAGGGAACGAUGA